ACUGUGCAGGCUGAGGACCCUUUGAGCUCUCGUCAGCUCCCUCUUUGUAUUAUAAACCAUCUGCUGUCUCAUGAAGACAAAUCGCGGUCGGAUACGUACGUGCAUUAAAAACACACGCGACUUCACGCUUUAUCUUUUUUUUUCUGUCCCCGACUCGUGAGCUUGGAGACAAACAUGUGUUAAUUUCCGUGCGGCGUUCUCGCAGGACGCCCGAUUCUGGCCCCAUUGCAUUGUGGUGUCGUCCCCGCUCUUCUGUCGGGAUCCGCCGCUAACGCGAGGCUGUUUUGUUCUUCUUUUCCGGGUCAUUGAUGUGGUUCUAGUGGUGAAGACCCAGACUUUCUUCAGACAUGUCCGUGAGGGAAUCCUUUAACCCUGAAAGCUAUGAGCUGGACAAGAACUUCAGGCUCACACGCUUUGCAGAGCUCAAGGGCACAGGCUGCAAGGUGCCCCAAGAUGUAUUACAGAAACUGCUAGAAACCCUACAGGAGAAUCACUAUCAAGAGGAUGAACAGUUCCUGGGAGCAGUUAUGCCUCGAUUAGGCAUAGGCAUGGACACCUGUGUGAUCCCCCUCAGACAUGGAGGCCUUUCUCUGGUCCAGACGACAGAUUACAUCUACCCCAUUGUGGAUGACCCGUACAUGAUGGGAAGAAUUGCAUGUGCCAAUGUUCUAAGUGACCUAUAUGCCAUGGGAGUGACAGAGUGUGACAACAUGUUGAUGCUUCUGGGAGUCAGCAAUAAAAUGUCAGAGAAGGAAAGAGACAAAGUUAUGCCACUGAUCAUCCAGGGAUUUAAGGAUGCAUCGGAGGAGGCAGGCACAUCUGUAACAGGAGGACAGACGGUGCUCAACCCAUGGGUGGUGAUGGGGGGAGUUGCGACAACAGUCUGCCAGCCCAACGAAUUUAUCAUGCCUGACAAUGCAGUACCAGGAGACGUGUUAGUGUUGACCAAGCCGCUUGGAACACAAGUGGCAGUUGCAGUACACCAGUGGCUAGAUAUUCCUGAGAAGUGGAACAAGAUCAAAUUGGUGGUAACUCAGGAAGACGUAGAGCUGGCAUACCAUGAAGCCAUGAUGAACAUGGCUCGGCUCAACAGGACAGCGGCCGGUCUCAUGCACACCUUCAAUGCUCAUGCAGCCACGGACAUCACAGGGUUUGGCAUCCUUGGUCACGCUCAAACGUUGGCACGGCAACAGCGAAGCGAGGUGUCGUUUGUCAUCCACAACCUCCCGGUCCUUGCCAAGAUGGCCGCAGUGUCCAAGGCCUGUGGGAACAUGUUUGGACUGAUGCACGGCACCUGUCCUGAAACAUCAGGAGGCCUGCUUAUCUGUCUGCCUCGGGAGCAGGCCGCUCGCUUCUGUGCCGAGAUCAAAUCCCCAAAAUACGGCGAGGGCCACCAAGCGUGGAUCAUUGGGAUUGUAGAGAAAGGAAACCGCACUGCUCGCAUCAUUGACAAACCACGGAUCAUAGAGGUGGCACCACAAGCGGCCACGCAAAACGUCAACCCAACUCCUGGUGCAACCUCUUAAUCCUCAUUUGCUGCAUCAUAAACCGGAACCCAAAAGCUUUCCUGAGUGAUUUUAGACACAUAAACUACAAAACCAUCCUAGAGUGUUGAAAUAUAUACACAAAAUAGUAUGUACACAGAAAAGACUGGGUUGGCGUGUAUCUACAUGAAAAACAGCCCCACACAGUCGCGCAUGGGGCACGUCACCACCCAGUGGACUCAACCUGCAGUAUCCCCAUGAUAAAAAUGGUUAAGAAAUAGAGCAUACUUAAAAUCCAUUUGCCUUUUGUGUCUGUUGUGUUCUGUUAUGUUAAAUGUGUGUGAUUGGCAGGCAGCUUCUGAUAAGAGAGUGAUGAUGAUGACUAAUCUGAUACUGUUGAUUCAUUUUGAAUCUUAGGAAAAGCCUGGUGUCUGUUGCCUCUUUGGGUCUUUUAAAAUUGCUCUCAUCAAGCAAGUGGACCGUGUGAUGGUGUUUCUGUUUGUCCAUUCACUUUGUACAGUUAUAAAGCCUAGUUUUAGUUCAUUGUUGUAACUGAUGCCUUGAAAGAAGACGUGACCAGAAAGAUUUGUUUUUUUAUUACUUUGACUUUUUGUAUUGUCCCCACCUAAACUAAUAAAUAUUCAAAUAGAAGAUGGUUUGGUUUUGAGUUGACUUGAAGUCAUAAAUGAUACAUUGUGAUUUAAAGUCAUGGAAGAAAUCUGUGAGAUAAACCCUCUGCUAUCCUUUUCCCCGUUAUCUGAUCAUGUUUAGAGUCUUAUGAUGUAUAGUGUUUGCAUUAUCAUGGUCACAGAAUCAUGCAGUCUGGGUUGUUAACCACAAGCACUCUAAACUGUGAGCUUGUUGCCUGUUGCCUUUGUUCAAGAUCUGGUUCUAUUUAGUCUGAAUUGGUUAGAUUUGGUUAGUGAUGUCGGAAGUCAUGCUGAGAGCAGCCUAACCUGUUAUGAAGCAUCCAGCAGAUCAAAGUCCAGAUCAUUUUUGUUUAUCCUAAAUAGCCUGGAUGUAUCUGGAAGGCCUCUGUAAAUGUUCAUAUGGAUAUCAGGAAAAAGACCUCCACUCCACCUCUUAAAAUAAACUUCUCUUAUAA